GCCGCGCGCCUGCGCGCGUCCCCGAGGGGCUGCUGACGGGCUUGCGCGUUUGUGCGGAACCGGAGGCGGGGACCUAGAGCCGCGGUGGCUGCGGGGGCCGCGGGCAGAAGCAGGGCGAGAGGCGGGGGCCAGGCCAGCUCCGGCACCGCGACGGCGACACUGCGAGCGAGGGAGCGAGCGCCCGGGCCCCACGGGAACGAUGCUGUGGUUCCAGGGCGCCAUUCCCGCCGCCAUCGCGUCGGCCAAGAGCAGCGGCGCCGUCUUCGUGGUGUUCGUGGCAGGUGAUGAUGAGCAGUCUACACAGAUGGCUGCAAGUUGGGAAGAUGAGAAAGUGACAGAAGCAUCUUCAAACAGUUUUGUUGCUAUUAAAAUUGAUACCAAAAGUGAAGCCUGUCUCCAGUUUUCACAAAUCUAUCCUGUAGUGUGUGUUCCAUCCAGCUUUUUUAUUGGAGACAGUGGAAUUCCUUUGGAAGUAAUAGCAGGAAGUGUUUCUGCAGACGAACUUGUUACCAGAAUUCACAAAGUCCGACAGAUGCACUCUUUAAAAGGAGAAACAACAGUAGCAAAUGGCAGCCAGUCAGAAAGCCCAGUUUCUACUCCUUCCACCUCAUUUGAACCUAACAACACUUCUGAAAAUGCUCAGUCCAGAAAUGUAGAAUUUUGUGAGACAUCAUCCACUACUGAUGCAAAGUCAAAUUCUGAAACAGGAGGAGAAAGUUCAGACCAUGCCAUGACGUCUCAGGAACCCAGUGGUUGCUCAAAUCAAAGACCUGCAGAGGACCUCACCGUCAGAGUAGAAAGACUAACCAAAAAACUUGAAGAAAGGAGAGAAGAGAAAAGGAAAGAGGAAGAACAGAGGGAGAUUAAAAAGGAAAUUGAAAGGAGAAAAACUGGAAAAGAGAUGUUGGAUUAUAAAAGGAAGCAAGAAGAAGAAUUAACAAAAAGAAUGUUAGAGGAAAGAAACAGAGAAAAGGCAGAAGAUAGGGCAGCCCGAGAGCGUAUUAAACAGCAGAUUGCAUUGGACCGUGCUGAGAGGGCUGCUCGCUUUGCAAAGACAAAGGAAGAAGUAGAAGCUGCCAAAGCUGCUGCCUUGCUGGCCAAACAGACAGAAAUGGAAGUCAAGAGAGAUGCUGCUGCGAGAGAAAGAAGCACUGUGGCACGAAUUCAGUUUCGUCUACCUGAUGGUUCUUCCUUUACAAAUCAGUUCCCUUCUGAUGCUCCUCUAGAAGAAGCAAGACAGUUUGCUGCACAGACUGUUGGCAACACUUACGGCAAUUUUUCAUUAGCGACUAUGUUUCCCAGGAGGGAAUUUACCAAAGAAGAUUAUAAAAAGAAAUUAAUGGAUUUGGAACUUGCUCCAAGUGCUUCAGUGGUACUGUUGCCAGCAGGAAGACCGACUACAUCCAUGGUACAUUCUUCUAGUGGAGAUAUUUGGACAUUGUUGGGAACGGUACUUUACCCAUUCCUUGCCAUUUGGAGAUUGAUUAGCAACUUCCUGUUUAGUAAUCCUCCUCCUGCACAGACCUCAGUAAGAGCAACAGCAUCAGAACCUUCGGCAUCCAGCAACUCAGAGAAAAGGGAACCAGUGAGGAAAAGAGUGCUGGAGAAACGGGGGGAAGAUUUUAAAAAGGAGGGGAAGAUAUAUAGACUGAGGACUCAAGAUGAUGGAGAAGAUGAAAACAAUACUUGGAAUGGGAAUUCUACUCAACAGAUGUAGUAACGAGUACAAUAUGUGCAAUAAUCAUUGUUUCUCUUAUGAUUUAAUUCAACUAAAAUUCUGCUGGAGAAGUGGGACUGCUUUAUGUUUUUCAACUGAUCUAUAAAGUCUCCUUAUUCCUGCUUAGUGGGUUAAAGUUGUUUAACUCAGACAAGUCAAGAGAUAAAAUAACUAGCUGCUAGGUCCUUGCAUAUGGUAACCAACUGCUAGAAGCUUAAAAGAAUCAGAAGGUCUGCCACAGCCUCCCCUUCUCAGCUUUCUUACUCAGUAUUUCAUAUUCCUCCUAGCCCUGUACUCUCAGAUGGUAUGUUUUGUUUAGAGCUAUUUUGCUCCAAAACUCUUAAGUCCAUUCUUAAGUAAAUGUAUGUCCCUGAGAAAUUUGACUGUGAGUCAGAACAUUUUAACUAGCCAAUCAGAUAAUAAUUUAUGUUUAACUUUCCUCUUUUUGCUCAUCAGCUGUAAGCAAAAUCUUGUAGUUUUUAAUCUUAAAAUACUGAAUAAAAAAUCUUUUCCAAAAAUUAUAAUGAUCUUAUUUUUGCUUUAACUUGUUAUUCUAGCAUCUUUUUUUCCUGUUACACAGGUCAUGAGUCCAAUUCCCAGCCCAACCCUCCCUGCUUAGGAAUCCUCAAGUAUCUCACCUCCUUACCUUAAACAUCAAGAAAGCAAAGACACUUUCUUACACACUUGGAUACUUAGAUAACGCUCCCACUUUCAGAGAGGCAUCAUUUUGUGUAGAGUCAGUUUUAUUUAUUUAUUAUCAGAUACAUGUGAUGGUUAUAAUCACCUCUGUCUCUGGGUUGGAGAGCAGCACACUAGAGUAAGCAUACAGAAGGAUUCGGAUUCUGUUUUAUGAUUGGAGAAGUGCUCUCAAACUUUGCGUGUGAAAUAGUGACUUCUUUGGGGGCUCAGGCCUUGCUCCUAACUCUAAUCAGACAUCACUCCAGAAAGUGAUUGGGAAACCAUAUGUGGUGCAGGGGAUCAAACCGUACAUGUUUCAUGCAAGGGAAGUUUUUGAACUGCUGUACAAUUCUCCAGCCCAACACUGACUUUUAAAAACAUUAAGACAGAAUUCCAGAGGUACAGGGGUAAGGCCUUUAUCUUGCACAUGGCUGACACCACAUAUGGUCACAUAAGUACCACCAGGAGUUACUUCUGAACAGACAGGAAAAUCCCUGAGCAUUUUGAAAUGUGGUCCAAAGCACCUCCACUACAGCUCCUUCAAUACUAAGAAGGUAGGUAGGGUCCAAACUCCAGAUGGCAUACCAUCAAGCAGGGAUACUGCAGGGGUAUCCCUGGGAACAUGACAACUACUAUAGUGGGAAGUGUAGUGUUUCCCCAGCCCCAACACAUGAUGAUGAAUACUGGCAAGAAUACAGACGGGAUAUAGUGUGGUGAAAACAGGUAUACUUUUCUUGAAACCAUUUUCAGAAACAAAUAUUUCAUGCUUUUUGAUUCAGCACAGGGAUUGAAUUUAGAGCUUCAUGCAUUCUGUACAUAUGUUCUAUCUCUGAAUGGUAUUUCUGGCUUAGUUAUCUAAGUUUUUCUAAGGAAUGGUCAUAAAUUUAUAAGUGCAGGGCCGGAGCGAUAGCACAGCGGGUAGGGCGUUUGCCUUGCACGCGGCCGACCUGGUUUCGAUUCCCAGCAUCCCAUAUGGUCCCCCAAGCACCGCCAAGAGUAAUUCCUGAGUGCAUGAACCAGGAGUGACCCCUGUGAAUUGCCGGUGUGACCCCAAAAGCAAAAAAUAAAAAAAUAAAUUUAUAAGUGCAAAACUCAGUAUAAACAUAAGUGCUGUUUAUUUUCCUUAAUAACCAGAACCUACUACCUUCUACAGAAAUUUUUUUUUUCUUUUUGGGUCACACCUGGUGAUGCACAGGGCUUAUUCUUGGCUCUGCACUCGGGAAUUACUCCUGGCGGUGCUCAAGGGACCAUAUGAGAUGCUGGGAAUUGAACCCGGGUCAGCUGCGUGCAAGGCAAACGCCUUACCCUCAGUGCUAUCACUCCAGGCCCCAGAAAUCAUUGUUAAUGAGAAAUGGUACAAUAUUAAUUUUAUGCACCCUAUAAUUACUUGAAUCUGUGGGUAGCAGAUGAAAGGAAGCAGGGUACAAAGUUACAAGUACAGAAUGAUAACAGUUUUGUAAACACAUAUACACAUUGUAUGUGUGUGUGUGUAUGUGUAUAUAUACAUAUGUAUGUAGGUGGUAGUAUAGAUUAACGUAUAUGUAAAGAAAAACACUAAAAUCCCAAUAAUGGUCAAAAUGGUUAGUGUAAUUUUAGUUCUUUAGUUCUUCACUUUCUAAUUUUCUGCAGUGAUCAUAUUUUUAUAAUUUAGAAAGUAAGUUUGAAAAUGAAUUAUUUCCAGCAUCCAUCUCAUUUAAGUGAAGGUUUGUCAUCUUUAUAACAUUGAGACUUGAGAAAAGAAAAAAUUGUCAAAUUAGUGUAGCCCUGUAAGUAACUAUUAUAUAUUUACAAAAACAUGGAAUACCUCAAGUCAAUUUGUCUUUAAGAAAAUCAAAUAUUGGGGUUGGAGCUGGUAAGGAGGUGGGGGCUUGCCUUGCAUGUGGCUGAUCUGGGUUCUAUCUCCAGCUCCUCAUAUGGUCUGAGCCUGCCAGGAGUUAUCUCUCAGCACAGAGCCAGGAAGGAGUAAGCCCUAAAUACUGCCAGGUGUGGCCCCCAAACCAUAUAUAUAAGAAAAAUAUCCAUAGAAAAAUGCUUUAUAGUCUUUAAAUAGGAGGAUGAUUACUUAUUUUAUAUCUAAGUAAACAUGAUAAAAAGAUUCAAAAUGGGGCUGGGGAGGUAGUUAUAGGGAUUAAGUUGAUUGAAAUGCAUUCUGCCAACCCCAGUUGAAUUCUUAUUACCACACUUGAUCCCCUGAGUCACUCCUGGUAUACAGCCAAGAACAGUGAGCACUGCCAGGUGUGGCACAACCCUCCUCCCAAGCACCCCAGAAAAGAUUCAAAACCAUAUAGAAGACUAUAAAUUGAAAAUGUAAUCUUCAUGCUUCAAUUUUAACCUGUUAUAUUCCCAGAUAUUAAUACUUUGUUUUUAUAAUCUUAUGCAUAUCAGCAAAUAUGUAAUCUUUAUUUUUAAAUAAAUAGGGUCAUAUACAACUCUG